CCGCCGAGCCUUCCUCCUCCUCCGCCGCCGCCGCCAUGCUGCUGCCGGCCUCGCUCGCCCUGGCCCUCUUGGUCCUGCUGCCCAGCCCCGCCCGGCCCCUCUCCUUCCACCUGCCCGGCAAGGCCCGCAAAUGCCUGCGGGAGGAGAUCCACCGGGACACGCUGGUCACCGGCGAGUACGAGGUCGCCUCCCCGCCGGGCUCCUCCAGCGGGCCUUCCGCCAACCUCAAGAUUACUGACUCAUCUGGGCACAUUCUCUAUUCCAAGGAGGAUGCUGUUAAAGGCAAAUUUGCUUUCACCACAGAAGACUAUGAUAUGUUUGAGGCUUGCUUUGAGAGCAAACUCCCUGUAGGAACAGGGCGGAUGCCAGACCAGCUCGUGACCUUGACUAUGAAGCAUGGAGUAGAAGCAAAGAACUACGAGGAGAUUGCUAAAGUUGAGAAGUUGAAGCCAUUGGAGCUGGAGCUGCGAAGACUAGAAGAUCUUUCAGAAUCUAUUGUCAAUGACUUUGCCUAUAUGAAGAAGCGAGAGGAAGAGAUGCGAGAUACAAAUGAGUCUACCAACAUUCGAGUAUUAUACUUCAGCAUUUUCUCCAUGUUCUGCCUCAUUGGAUUGGCUACCUGGCAGGUCUUCUAUCUGCGUCAUUUCUUCAAAGCCAAGAAGCUUAUUGAAUAGCAAGAGGAGCAUUUUUUUUUUUUAAUUUUUAAAUUGAAACCCCAACAGGACAAAACAGAGAUCCGGCAAUGUUUGUUUAUAGCUAACUUGGAGUUAGCAUGCCAAACAGAACUUUUUCUGCAUUUGGCUCCCAAAGGGAGGGAAGAUAACGUUGGCAUAGGAAAAAAAGUGAGGAGUCUCCUGAACUAUUUUUGGAUAAUGUUGGGAGGGACUGCAGUUGUGAUUUGAGGGGACUCUUGAACAGGGAUGAAAUAAAACUGCAGUUGGA